CUGAUGAUCAAAGCGGGAAGUAGUUGCGUAGUCGACAGUUCACACGCGAGUGAGUGAGUCUUCAAGAUUGCAUGUUACGCGGUGUGUUUUCAGUAACACAUGCAACGAAUGACAAUAAUCUGCUGGGAAAGUGAAGAUAUCAAGCCAGAAUGUUUCGAUGAAUUCACAGUCUUUGGUUUUGGUCACAUUAGAUCUUGCAUUGUGGAAAUACACCAUUAUGACCCAAAACAAACAAGGAGAGACACGGAGGCUUUCCAAAUGGAUGGAGUACGGCAGUAUCAGUGGGGAAGGACAGUGGGAUCCAUGCCCUACCUGCCAGGGCACAGGACGUAUACCAAGAGGUCAGGAGAAUCAACUUUUGGCAGUCAUUCCUUGCAGUGACCAAAGACUGAAACCUCAACACACGAAACUGUAUGUGUGCAUAUCAGUGGGACUAUGCCUACUGACAUGCUCACUGAUCCUGUUUUUCCUCUUCCCUCGGAGUAUGGAUAUGUCAGCUGUGGACCUAAAGUCAUCUAUGGUCUAUUUCACUCCAAAUACAGUUAAAAUGGUAGUCACAAAUGAACUGAACAUCACCAAUCAAAACUUUGUGAGUAUCCAAACUGAAGAUAUUGAUGUGCAAGCACUGAUUUUAGAGACUGUGGUUGGCAAGACCAAAAUCUCAAAUGUCACCAUACUGCCACCUCGAUCUGAGAAAAAGAUCACAGUUGUAUCUGACAUUGUUAUUGAUGACCCAGGCCUUAAUAACUACUGCAAAUCACUUUCCAUUCAGAUUCACACCUUAUUCUUGCAUUUGCAACUGACUAUCAGAGUCUCCUACUUGUCCCAUUCAGAGCAAAUGUCAACAGAUACAUAUGAGUAUAUUGACUGUGGAGUGAAUUCUACUGUCCCACAUAACUUUCCUCUGCUCUGAGACUUUGACAGCCAAUGUAUGUCCCUGUAUGCUGAUGUUUAAAAAAUAAUCAAAAAAUUCUUGUAAUUUUAUGCUCUAGUUUACAGUAGUCAUUCAUUUAAAUAAGGUGUUGACUAUAUUGACAGUAACAUAUUAGAUACAAUAUAAAUGUCACAGGAAUAAUGAAUGUUUACAGUUAAUUUAGAUCACUUGUUUAUAAUUUGUUAAUAAGUGUUUACAUU